AAAUCAUAUAAAAAAAAUCAAUCAUUUUACUAAUUUGGUGUGUGUUUUUUUUUUUUUUAUAAACAAUAAACAAUCAAAAUGAUCAGUUCAUUAAUUAAAAGAGCCAAUUUAAACACUACUACUAAUAUUUUUAAAAGAAAUUACUUUAAAUCAAGUAGUUUUGUUAAAUCAGAUGCUUUAAGUAGACAUAUCGAAACUGAAGAUAAUAAUGAUCAUACACCAUUCGAUUUUAAUCAAGAAAAUUUAAAAAAAGCAGAAAAAAUUUUAGCUAAAUACCCAAAACAAUAUAGACAAUCAGCAUUAAUUCCAUUAUUAGAUUUAGCACAAAGACAAAAUGGAGGUUGGAUUUCAUUAAAAGCUAUGGAUAAAGUUGCUCACAUUUGUGGUAUUCCACCAAUGACAGCUUAUGAAGUUGCAUCAUUUUAUACCAUGUUUAAUAGAACUAAAGUUGGUCAAAACUUUGUUCAAGUUUGUACCACUACUCCAUGUAUGUUAAGAGGUAGUGAAGAAAUUGUUAAAGCUUGUAGAUCAAAUUUAGGUAUUGAAGUUGGUGAAACCACAGCAGAUAAUAAAUUUACCUUAGUUGAAGUCGAAUGUUUAGGUGCUUGUGUAAAUGCCCCAAUGUUAUGUGUCAACGACGAUUUCUAUGAAGAUCUCACUCCAGAAUCUACCAACAAAUUAUUAAAUCAAAUUAAAAAUAAUGAAACUACUAAAAUUGGUCCACAAACUCAUAGAAAAGCUGCUGAAGGUCCACAUGGUAAAACUACUUUACUUGAACCACCAACCGGCCCAAUUUGUAGAGAAGACUUAUAA